AUGUUCUUGAAACCGCCGCCAGCUAAACUCUCAGCUCCUGCUCCAGCGCCGCAUGCGCAAGCUACCUCUGCUAAUGACCACCACGACGAAUACAGUGACCCUAUACGCGUCAAGAAGGCAUGCAACCGCUGUCGAAUAAGAAAAGUAAAAUGCGAUGGGAAAUAUCCGUGUGGUAGGUGUCGGCAUGAUGAUGUGCCUUGUCUCCUUGGCCGUAAAGAUCGAGGCGACGUGAAAGAGCUAUCUCGCGGAUAUAUUCGAACGCUUGAGACGCAGCAGACAUAUCUUCUAGAUGCCCUGAAAGCUCUCAGUCAGCGCGGACCCAAUGAUCAUGGGCUGAAAAAUAUCAUUGCAAGGCUAGAGGCGAGCGGGCUUGAUGUAAGCGCAAUAAGAAACGCUCAAAAAGAGCAUCAGGAGACUCCGCAACGGUCAAAAGUUGAAGACAGAGCUUCACCUGUUCAGCAGCAAAGCUCGGUUUCUUCAUUAAAUCACGAUAAUCCUGUCUUAUCCCGGGUGAUAAAUUUGCCUUCCAUUCUGGAACCCGCUGAACCCGCCGCUGUACAAAAUGGAAAUACUACCGCAAACUUGCUUGAAUCUUCUAACCAUGUCAAUGUGGAUACUGAAGUUGACAUGGUAUGGGCUGACUUGUCUAUGUCCAACGAUGUUACAAUGCCAGCCCUUGAUGAUCCAACAUUUGCAGAGCAGUGGUGGGAAAAUUGGAUCAAUGUUUCAAAUGCAAUGGAUAUGGCUCCGCAGCCCACCGACCUCCAGAACUUACAGCAGGAGUGA